GUCACCGCGCGAGGUCUCUAAGAUCGAUUUGAUAACCCGGUGUAUUCCGCCAAAGUUUUUAUUUACACAAAUUCAAUAUAAUAACUAAGUUAAUAUCGCUUCAAUAGUAAUUUGAAUAAUUAUGGACGAAAGUGAUAACGCUCAAAUAGUUGUUAUAGCAGAUGAUGUUUGUAGGAAAGCAGGUAUUGCGACAACCUGGAUUAAUAGCAAUAGAUUUGGAAUUCAUGCAUACAAACAUAUAGAUAAGUUUUCACAAGAUACUAAAAGUCAGUUUGCACCUUGUGAAGCAAAAGUGCAUUUUCUCCGGCCAGAUAUCAUAUUAUUUUCACCUCUUUUACGUAAAUUGGUUAAUGAAAGCAAUGGUAUUUUUCUGUCAGUACAAAAUCUUAAAUCCUUUUCUUCUGGUGACAUUAGGCCAGAACUUCUCAAACACAGUAAACAAUAUAGAUCUAUAUUGAGAGCAUGUGUUGAAAAUCUACAAGAGAUAUUACCAAAAGAGCCACUAUCGGAAGAAAAAACAAUGCUGGAAAAUUUUCUCACUAUAUUUUAUCAAGUGGAAUGCAUCUGGCACUUGACAGAAAUUCUCUAUGUUGAUACUGUACCAGGUGACGUUGUACUGCCGCAAUUAUUAGAAUGGAUCAGUUUUCAUUUUCCUUCAAGAGAGCUAGUAGCUUCAAAAAUUUUGUCGAAGAAAGCUAUUGGUGCUGAUUUAGAAAAUUCGAAUUAUUGGGAAGCUGUAAUGGGCUGUGCAUUUCAUGGGAAAUUAAAUUUAGUCUGCCAUCUUCUAGCAUUGCACAGCAAAGCAGAUCAUUCAGCAUUCAUUACUGCAGACAAUAUUAUCAGAACAAUGCCGGUAUACAAUGUAUAUGGCGGAUAUUCUGUAAAUGAGUUUAUUAUACGAUGGAAACAUUGGCAAAUGGAUCUUUGCUCAAAUCUAGAAACUAACUAUUUUGUUAUAGAUAAUAAUCUGGAGAUGCUCAUGAAGUUAAUAGCAGGAGAUGAAUCAGUGUUGUGGGAAUAUUCUAUGUAUACAGAAGCAUGGUAUGAAUUAUUGGCAGCAAAAUUAUUUUAUUCGGCUCCUUGUUGCAAACAACUGGAGCUUUCACGUUACGCAAACAGUGUUGCUGAGAGAUGGCAAGCUAAUAGACACUUAGAUCGAGUAAUUCUUGCUUUAAUAGAAAAUGAUUUGUAUCAAGUUAUCAAAGAGAUACAAUAUAUGAGUGAUAACGGCUGGUUUGCAGCUCAUUUAAUAGAUCUCUUGUAUAAAUGUGGAAAAUUAAAUAUUUUAAACAAAGAAAAGACAAAUGUGACUGCACAACUUCACGAAUCUCUUAUAUUAGAGUAUGGUACUAUGUUAAUGAGUCAUCACUCGUUAUGGCAGUGUGGUGCGAGUUACUUGAUACACUGUUCUAAACAAGGUUUGGGCAGAUUAGAAAUUCUGUUGCAGUCGCUACCGACAGGCACGGAAGCGAGAAUCAAUAAGAUUAUCGACAUCGCACGGGACAAUAAUAUGCCGCACGUUGUUGCCAGUAUAUGCAAAAUUCAAGGGAUGAAGAGUAUAAGACAAGGAAGAUUGGGCAACGCUCUCAUGUGGGCGCUUAAGGCACAUGAUGGCAAUUUUACUACAUACAUCGCGGACCAGUUUUUAAAACAUUACGCAGAACACGGGGAAUUAGAGUGUCGCGAUUUGUUGGAAAAUUUAGGUUCUUGCAUGCUGGCCAGCGAUAGGCUUACAUUUUUAGGAAAAUAUUGUGAAUUUCAUCAUAUGUAUGGAAUGGGCGAGUACCGAGAAGCAGCAAGUUUAUUAGUAUCCCUCUUAGUCUCGAAUUUGACACCAAAAUAUUUUUGGUCUAUUCUGCUCACGGAUGCUAUACCAUUAUUAGAAGCGGAAGAUGUGAUUUUUUCAUCCAAUGAUUGUUACGAACUGCUACGUUGCGCAGAAGCUCACGGCGAUGAUCCGAAAUUUCAAGACAAAGUUUCCAUAUUCCGAAUAGGCGUUGCACGAAACCUGGCACGAUCUUUAAGCUUAGAAGGUUGCCAGAACCAACAAAUCAACGUCGAGUGUUGACAAGACGAUAACUCAGCAAUUGUUUUGUUGAACAUGGCCACUAUGGCUAGGUCGGGGAGACGCUAACAGCAUCGUUCUAUCUUUAUUACUUAUCAAAAGUUGAACAAGGACAGAACAUGCUCAUAGCGCUAAAAGCGUGCUCCUCGAACCUAGCCUAUAUAUUUGCCAUUAUAACCCUGCGUGUAGGGUUAUAAUGUAAAUGUAUAGUGUAUCCCGAUUGUUUAUACUAUAUUUUUCUUCUUUUUCGCAUAAAUGUAUGUUCUAAAUGUAUAUCUAUUUCAUUUUAAUUAAAUAGGAAAAAAGUGCAGCUAUAAAAAAA